AUGGCGCUUUUCUCCUCCAUUAUCGCCUCCUCCUCUGCCUUUCUCCUCCACGCGGCUGUCUCCUGGUGGGAGGAUGACGUGGCAGCAUUCCUCGCAGGGAUGGGUCGCACGCUGGCAGCAACAGCCCUUGUCGCAGCAGCAAUGGUGCUAUCCCACAUCAACUCCCUAGGCCUUGAGAUGGAUAUGCUCUUUUCCUCCCUCCGGGCCUUCCUUCAGCUCUGCGCCAUCGGCUUUGUACUCAAUUUUGUCUUCUCCAUUACUGGGAUAGUCUCGGUGCCUCUCAUCUUCCUCACCUUCUGCUUCAUGGUUACCAUCGCGGGGGUUACUGCGGCCUCCCGUGCUUCCCUCCCGGCUCUUCGUCUCGUCACCUGCGCGUCAAUCUUCAUCUCCUGCUCUCUCUCCCUCGUCGCGCUGCUGCUCCUCGGCAUCUUCCCGGCCACUCCGCGCUUCCUCAUUCCAGUAGCGGGGAUGCUUGUAGGCAAUGCAAUGACGGCCACAGGGGUGGCACUGCGCAGAUUGCGAGAAGAUCUCAAGUCAAGCGCAGCACAGGUGGAGGCGGCAUUGGCAUUGGGAGCAAAUCCAAUGCAGGCUGCAGCAACACUCAGGAGGAGAGCGCUAGUGGUCGCUCUGGCCCCUCUCCUUGACUCUACCAAGACUGUGGGUUUGAUUUCCCUGCCGGGAGCUAUGACAGGGCUGAUCAUGGGUGGCGCUUCCCCUUUUGAAGCCACGCACUUGCAGAUUAUAGUCAUGUAUAUGCUCAUGGCGGCGGCCACUGGGAGCAGUGUGCUGGCGGUUUCCUUUGCCUUAGCUCCACGUCACUCCUGGGUAGCCGAACAUCCUCGCAUGCUGUCUCCUCGCCCGAUACAAGCACAAUUAAGAUACGGCGGAGACAGACCAGCUGAAGUUGAAGCCUCCUCCGUUUACGGAGCCACUUUUGCAGAAGCAGUUGCGACAGAUGCUGCAGGAGGAGGAGGAGGCGGAGGGGGAGUAGCAGGGUCCGCGGAUUCUGUGUCGUCGUUUGGCUCCGCGCCUCUCGCUUCCGCGCUCUCGCCCAUGGGCGGAAACCCAGGCGUCACUCCCCUCCCCCGGCGGAGCACCGCGCGGGCGGGGGACGAGAGGGACGACGCGGAGAAGGGGAGAGAUUGGGGGAAGGGAGAGUCCGAUGGGGAAGGCGGAGGAGAGGCUCGACUCCCCCAAUCCGCGGGCGCAGCGCAGGGCUGGUUCGCGCGGAUGUCCUCGGGGGGAAGCGGAAGCGGAGUCGGCGGAGCUGUGAGCGGGCAGAAGCGCAACCCCGCGCUGUCGGUGGCGGCGAUGGGUAUCCGGCCGGGGACCCUUCUGCUGUGCUUUGUCGUGGGGCUGACUGCGGGGUUGCUGUGGCUGGACGGCGCGCAUAAGGGCGUGUGGCCACUGCUCUCCGACCUGCACCCGUUCCGCCAAGAACAGGUCGUGCGCCCCGCGCUUUCCCCCGCCGGCUUCCGCCAGGAGCGGCUGGCGGAGGCGGUUGCGCGGAGGGAGGCGGAGACGGAAGCGGCCGGGGAUCGCGUGCGAGGGACAAUGCUGUUGGCUGGUGGGAGUGGUGACAGCAGCAGCAGCAGCAGCAGCAGCAGCAGCAGCAGCAGCAGCAGCAGCAGCAGCAGCAGCAGCAGCAGCAGCAGCAGCAGCAGCAGCAGCAGCGGCAGCAGCGGUACUAUUAUAGGCAGUCACAAGGACAGUGGUAGCAGCAGCACUUUGGGUCGGCUUCCCUCCUCUCCGCUCUCGUCCUCCUUCCCCUCCGAUUCCGCCUCCUCCCUCACCACCCUCCGCGUUCCGCCGGCCCCCGACAGCGCGCAGUGCUCCGCGUACCACCGCGUGGACGCGCGCACGGGGGAAGAAACAGGCGGCGGCGUGCGCCCGCUGCUCAUCAUCGUCACCCCAACCUACGUGCGCCCGUUCCAAGCCAUGUACCUGCACCGCCUCGCGAACCUCCUCGCGCAAGUCCCGCCGCCGGUGCUCUGGCUGGUCGUGGAGAUCUUCCCGCAAUCCGCGGAGACGGCGGCGCUGCUGCGCGGGACGGGGCUGGUGUACCGGCAUCUGGUGGCGCACAAGAACAUGACGGACAUCAAGGACCGCGGCGUGCACCAGCGCAACGCCGCCAUGGAGCACGUGGAGAAGCACCGCCUGGACGGCAUCAUGUACUUCGCGGAUGACGAUAACAUCUACUCGCUGGAGCUCUUUGAGGAGAUGCGCGCCAUCAAGCGAUUUGGCACAUGGCCAGUGGCAAUGCUGCAGCAGGGCAAGUCUCGGGCAACGCUGGAAGGGCCAGUGUGCGAGGCCGGCAGGGUGAUUGGAUGGCACACCAAUGACAAGAGCCGGCGAGUGAGGCGCUUCCACGUGGACAUGUGUGGAUUCGCGUUCAACUCUACGAUUCUCUGGAACCCGUCGCUGUGGCGCCGCCCAACGGACCAGCCAAUCAGACAGCUGGAUUCUGUGAAGGAGGGGUUUCAGGAGACCACGUUCAUAGAGCAACUGGUAGCAGACGAGUCACAGAUGGAGGCGCUAGCAGACGACUGCUCCCGGGUGCUUGUGUGGCACGUGCAUCUGGAAGCACCCCGCAUCUCCCCCUUCCCCCACUGGAGCGCUCCCCUCGUUCUCCCACCCAUACUCUCUGCCCGGGUUCCUCCUGCUGUUGUUGCCGCUGUUACGGCUGGUGGGGAUGUUGCUGGUGGUGGUUCUGGCGAUGGUGGCACAGAUGGUUUGUUGUCCGAGUAG